AUGACUGCAAACUUUAUAAUACUAAUACUGACCAUGCAUGCAAUCUAUAGUCUAUAUCAAUAUUCUAUUUAUAGCUAUAGUCUUUAUCAAACUAGUGUUCAUAUUCUCAACAGUAUUGUUUGUGAAAAUGUACAUCAGGAUUAUACAGUGGUCCAGUGUAAGGAACAUCUUAUUCCUGUACAAGAUGAAUUUGAAUUUGAUAAGUUUGUUGGUAAUUGGAAUGUUUUAAAGAAAACUGUAUAUAUAUCAGGAGAUAAGAGUACAAUAUCUCAACAGAGAUACAUUAUUCAUACCAAUAAUGGUGAACUAUUGAGUGUAGAAAAAGGUUUCAGUCCUGUUAAUAGCUGUCAACCAACAGCAAUUCGUGAAUUAAACCUAGCUGAUAGAGCUGGACAUUAUACAACAGUAUAUAAUAAUAGAACAG